AUGCAUGCCUCUUACCAUUUAAACUGUACUACCUGUAAAAACGCUUUGGCGUCUUCUGAUAAUUUUUUAACUGAAUUUAAUAAUUUUGUUAAUAAGUAUUCUACACAUAAUCUCUUAAUCAAUGCUGAUACUAAUGAUGUUUUAAAAAAAAAAUGUGCGUCUUCAGAUUCUAAUAUUGUUUGUAAUCCCCUUAAAACCUACUAUCAGAAUGGCCUUAGAACGAAACUUAACACUUUCAGGUGCAACUUUAUUUUAUUUGAUUCUUAUGAUAUAAUCAUAUUAACUGAAACUUGGCUCACGCCAGACAUAGGUAACGCUGAACUAGGUUUCGUUGGGUUCCAUAUUUUCAGAUUUGACAGAAAUUCAUACUCAAGUUCAUCCACCCGUGGUGGUGGAGUCCUCAUUGCAGUCAAAUCUAACCUUAAUGCUUCCUUAAUCGUCAACAAUUGCAAAUUUUUUGUUAUUUAUAGUGUCGGGGAAGAUGAAGGCCCACCUUAUCGUGGUGUCCCCGUGCUCGGCCGCUAA